ACUAAACAUGUAUAAAUACAGAUAUGAGGUCAGGAAAAUGAAAGCCGACUGGCUCUUUUUGAAUACAGGUGAGUAAACUUUAACUCAGACAGAUUCUUUUUGUCUAUAAUCUUUUCAGUCGCUUAUCUGCUUGUAAAGUCAAAGAGAAAAUGAGUCACGGAUCAAAGGUGCUUUGGUUUCCAUGAAUGAGGUAAGCCUGUCGCUGCGGGGUGGAACUAAUGCAGGAGCAGAGGAAUCCAUGGAAAAGCGGAACGUUUCCGUUUCAGAUGCGUCCCUGUAAAUCCACCGGCCAAGCGGGGCUCUGGACAGAUGCCAGUUGGUGAAAGCGGUGAACUCCCAGCAGCGUCUGCUGAUGAUGCAGAGCCCCUCACUUUCACAAGCCCCCCCCCCUUCAGUAGAUGUGAAGUGGUAGAUGCCGGCUACAUGAUAUGUUGAAAGCAGGACGGGUGUUUUGGAUCCAGGACACGGUGGCAGUGAGACGGGAAUGUCGGCCGGGGUUGCGUGUCGUGUCCGCACGGCGGAUCUGGAUUUGAGCGUCUGCGCCUUUCAGGAUUCCGUCCGGAUUAGCUGCUGAAUUCCAGGACGGAGGAGGACGGCGUGUCCUCCCUGCCUCUGUGUUGUCUAUGCCGCAGCUGGCUGCAGAUGCAGCUGCGCAGAGGAAGUUGGAACCCCAGCGCGGCAUCUGUCAGGACUGCUCCGGAGGUCACAACCUGCUGAAUCCCCACAUCCGACGCUUCUCAUCCGGACCUCACAAGCUCCCUCUACACCUGCCUCUGUGCCAUGACGUGGACACCAUGUCAGACUGUAGUCCGUGGACAACUCUGUCCAACUUUAACGUCCCGCAUUACUUCAGUGGAGCCCGUCUGCGCCGCUCCAAAAGCUGUAGAACCAGCAACAGGAAGAGCCUGAUCGGAAGCGGGCAGUCGUCCGGUCUCACCCGGCCUCACUCCCCUCUGUCGUCUCUCACAGGAACAAGCCCACAAGACAGCCCUCGAAACUUCUCCCCCAGUGCCUCUGCCCACUUCUCCUUCGCUCGAAGUCAUUGCCACAGAACGGACAGGACUGAUGGCCGCCGCUGGUCCUUGGCCUCCCUUCCCUCCUCUGGAUAUGGAACCAACACCCCCAGUUCCACCAUUUCUUCAUCCUGUUCAUCACAGGAGAAGCUGCACCAGCUGCCCUUCCAGCCCACCCCCGAUGAGCUCCACUUCCUCUCCAAGCAUUUCUGCACCGAGAGCAUCUCAGGGGAGGAAUGCCGCCGAGCGACGGCCAUGCGACCUCGCUCCCGCAGCCUCAGCCCUGGAAGAUCUCCGUCCUGCUACGACCACGAGAUCAUCAUGAUGAAUCACGUCUACAAGGAGCGGUUCCCCAAGGCCACGGCUCAGAUGGAGGAGAAGAUUCAGGAGAUCAUCCGCAGCAACUCCCCAGAGAGCGUCCCGCCUCUGGCGGACGGUGUGCUCGGCUUCGCCCACCAUCAGAUCAUCGAACUGGCCCGCGACUGUCUGGAAAAGAGUCGGUUCGGACACAUCACGUCCAGCUACUUCUGUGAGCUCACAGACAAGCUGGAGAGGCUCGUUCAAGAGUCCACAGAGAGGUCAGAAAGCGAGGAGGUGAACUUCAUCAAAGAGCUGGUGAAGAAGAUCCUCAUCGUGAUAGCUCGACCCGCUCGGCUGCUGGAGUGUUUGGAGUUUGACCCGGAGGAGUUUUACCACCUCCUGGAGGCAGCUGAAGGACACGCCAAAGAGGGCCAGGGCAUCAAGACGGACAUCCCUCGGUACAUCAUCAGUCAGCUGGGGCUCACCAGAGACCCCCUGGAAGAAAUCGCCCAGCUGACCAGCUGUGACAGCGGUAUCGCAGAAACCCCAGAGACAGAUGAUUCUUCUCAGAGCAUCGGCACCGCGCUGCGAUCCCGAAGGAAACCCUGUGAGCUCGACUUUGAGAUGAUAAAGCUCAUCAGCAACGGAGCCUAUGGAGCUGUUUAUUUAGUUCGACACAAGGAAACCAAGCAGCGAUUUGCCAUGAAGAAGAUCAACAAGCAGAAUCUGAUGCUGAGGAAUCAAAUACAGCAGGCCUUCGUGGAGAGGGACAUCCUCACCUUCGCCGAGAACCCCUUUGUUGUGUCCAUGUAUUGCUCAUUUGAGACGCGCCGGCACCUGUGCAUGGUGAUGGAGUACGUUGAAGGGGGAGACUGUGCCACCCUGCUGAAGAACAUGGGUCCGCUGCCCGUGGACAUGGCCCGCAUGUACUUUGCAGAAACCGUCUUGGCUUUGGAGUAUCUCCACAACUACGGCAUCGUCCACAGAGAUCUCAAACCUGACAAUCUUCUGGUGACCUCGAUGGGGCACAUCAAGCUGACAGAUUUUGGUCUCUCCAAAGUGGGGCUGAUGAACAUGACCACCAACCUGUACGAAGGUCACAUUGAGAAAGACGCCCGAGAGUUCUCCGACAAGCAGGUUUGUGGAACCCCGGAGUACAUCGCUCCUGAGGUCAUUCUGAGACAAGGCUACGGGAAGCCGGUGGACUGGUGGGCCAUGGGAAUAAUCCUCUACGAGUUCCUCGUCGGCUGUGUGCCUUUUUUUGGAGACACUCCAGAGGAGCUGUUUGGACAAGUUAUCAGCGAUGAGAUCAACUGGCCUGAAGGGGAGGAAGCGCCCCCUCUGGACGCUCAGGAGCUAGUCACCUUGCUGCUCAGGCAGAACCCUCUGGAAAGGCUGGGCACAGGUGGCGCUGCGGAAGUGAAGCAGCAUCAGUUCUUCCACCACCUGGACUGGAACGGCCUGCUGAGGCAGAAGGCUGAGUUCAUUCCCCAGCUGGAGUCUGAGGAUGACACCAGCUACUUCGACACUCGCUCUGAGAGGUACCACCACCUGGAAACGGAGGAGGACGACACAAACGAUGAGGACUUCAGCGUGGACCUGCGGCAGUUCUCCUCCUGCUCCCACAGAUUCUCCAAGGUUUACAGCAGCCUGGAUUUGUCCCGGGGGCAUCUGGAGGAGAAGGGGGAGGCGGAGGAGAAGAAGAGCGAGAGCCCUCUGACGGUGGACUCCCUCAGCUGGACGCCAGACUUUGCGGACGUGCCGUCGCUGUCCCACUCGACCGACUCAGACGGCCUGAACCACGGCCCCCGAUCCAGUCUGCUGCCAAAGUUUGCCAUUUCCGCCGAGAGCGAAGGGGACGACACCUCAGGGCUCGGGGACCCCAGCAAGGCCUCCUUCUCCAUGGGGGAGCUGCUUCAGGACGAGGCCGACGCCACCACGCCCGGCAGCAGCCACAGCGGCGCCACGCUGUCAGGAAGUUUCUCUGAACAUCUGGAUCAGCUGACGCCCAGAGGUGAGGACGCCGUGAGCCCCGACAGCACGAGUCCCGCCUCCACAGAUCAGCCUCCACAUGCGGAGAGCGCGGCAGCGGAGAAACCGUCAUCUGUGGCGAAGCUCCCCAAGUCUGUGUCCACUGGGGCUCUGUCUCUGAUGAUCCCUGCAGAUAUCUUCGGCGUGUCCCCUCUGGCCAGCCCCCUGUCUCCGUACUCCCUCUCCUCCGACCCGUCCUCCAGAGACUCGUCUCCGAGCAGAGACUCCUCCCUCUUCAGCGCCAUCCCGCGCCAGCCCGUCGUCAUCCACAGCUCGGGGAAGAAGUUCGGCUUCACGCUGAGGGCCAUCCGGGUCUACGCCUGUGACGGCGACAUGUACACCGUGUACCACAUGGUCUGGAAUGUGGAGGAAGGCGGGCCGGCGCAGAAAGCGGGACUGAAGGCCGGAGACCUCAUCACCCACGUGAACGGAGAAACGGUCCACGGUCUGGUCCACACUGAAGUGGUGGAGCUCCUGCUGAAGAGCGGCAGCAAAGUGGCCAUCUCCACCACCCCCUUUGAGAACACGUCCAUAAAAACCGGCCCGGCCCGGAGGAACAGCUACAGGAGCAAGAUGGUGAGGUGUGGAAAGAAGCCCAAGAAGGAGAAGACGCCGGAGAGGCGGCGUUCUCUUUUCAGGCGCUUCGCGAUGCAGCCGUCUCCUCUGCUGCACACCAGCCGCAGUUUCUCCUCCCUCAACCACUCCCUUUCCUCCGGUGAGAGUCUCCCUGGCUCCCCCACCCACAGCCUCUCCCCUCGCUCCCCCACCGCCGCCCUCCGCCCCUCACCAGACUUCACCCAGUCAGGGGGGAACUCGUCGCAGAGCAGCUCCCCCAGCUCCAGCGCCCCCAACUCCCCCGCGGGCUCGGGCCACAUCCGGCCCAGCACCCUGCACGGCCUGGGCCCCAAGCUGCCGGGUCAGAGGCUCCGGCAGGGCCGCCGCAAGUCCGUCAGCGGCAUCCCCCUCUCCCCUCUGGCCCGGACGCCCUCCCCCACCCCCCAGCCCACGUCUCCACAGCGCCCCCCCUCCCCGCUCUUCAGCGGACACACCGUGGCCAUCUCCAAGACGACCCCGGCCUUCCCGGCCAAUAUCCACUCCCCCCCGACGAUUGUGCGCCACAUCGUCUGCCCCAAAAGUGCGGAGCCGCCCCGCUCCCCCCUCCUGAAGCGAGUCCAGUCUGAGGAGAAGCUGGGCCCCUCCUACACAGGGGACAAGAAGCACCUCUGCCCCCGCAAGCACAGCCUGGAGGUGACUCAGGAGGAGGUGCAGGACGAGGAGCUGAACGACCACAGCGCUGACGAGACGUCCAGCGAGACGCUGCCCGUCUCGCGCCUACGGCCCGUCGAGCAGGGCUGCCUGAAGCGGCCCCCCAGCCGGAAGAUGGGCCGGCAGGAGUCCGUGGAGGAGCUGGACAAGGAGAAGCUUAAGUGUAAGAUGGUGGCGAAGAGACAGGACUGGUCUGAGAGGAGAGAGUCCCUGCAGAAGCAGGACGCCCUGCUCGACUGCGACGCACUGCCCCCCUGUGGCGAGGAUAGGAGCGACGCCUUUCUGUUCCGAAGCAAAGCCAAAUCCCAGAACGUCCCAGAACUGAGCCCAGCAGACGCCAAAGCAGCCGGUCCAACCCUGAAGGACGUGCUGUACAAAAAGCUGUCCUCGCGAGUGUCUGAGGGCAUCUCCGAGGCUUCCAGCAGCAGCAGCUGCGACAGUGACGGCGCCCCCGCCCACCCCCGACAGGUUAAGGACACUCUGAAACCCGAGCGGCUGGACUUCAAAGCCCCCAACAUGGAGUUCACCAGGAAGAGGCUGUCCUUCGAGGAGCGGGACGACUGCAUGUGUCGACUGUCGCCCGGCCUCCACGAGAACCUCCACUUCGGCUCCAUGAGGUCCAAGAGCCUGCAGCUGGAUGAGCACCUGAAGGGGGGGGCGCACCCCAGCCCCGAAGGUCUGAGUCCCAAGCUCUACUCUGGGAGGGGGGAGAGCGCCGUGGAGAAGCUGCAGCUCAUCUCGUCUGCAGAGUCGCAGCUCAGAAAGACGUCGUCCGACUACAAACUGGAGGGGCGCCACGUCUCCUCGCUCAAACCUCUUGAAGGAACUCUGGACAUCGGCCUCCUUUCAGGUCCCAGAGUUUCCAAAGCGGAAACUUUUUUCCCCAAAGUGACGGACAACGCGGGCGACGGCGCCGCUGCAACCUCCCCCGUCCGGCUCCACAGCCCGACAGAGCGACAGAAGAGCCUCGCCUCCCUGAGGAACGCGGACAGGAUGAAGAGCCCGCUGACCGCCUGCCUCGGCGCCGAGGUCGCAUCUUCAGGAAACGGCUCGGCGGUUUCCAGGGAAACGGCGGGAGCAGCAGAGGGAAAAAGCUUUUCUGAGAAAUCACAACCCAGAGAACAGUCACAGGCUCCGCCCUGCAAACCCGAGGCCUUCGCCGUCAAACAGGAGAGCAGGAGCGGCACCAAGGCUGAGCACAGAGCCCCACGGCACGCCUCUCACUUCUCCACCUGCGGAAGAACUCCCUCCAUACGGGAAGUGAGUAACGAGGACCAGGAAGAGGAGGCGGAGCAACAGGAGGAAGAGGUCAGAGCAACACCGACGUCAAAACACAGCAAAACUGAGGAGUCGUUGAGUUCUGCAAAGCUGGAGGCGACUGCGGCUGCAGCUGAUCCAUCACCUGAAUCCGCUCUGGAUGCAGGACAGCCCCCCAGCUGCGAGGGGGCAGAACCUGCUGCUCAGAACCCAAGCAGAACCUUAGGUUCCAAAGUUCCAGAGCGAUUGGUCGCUGCUUCAGCUCCAGAGAAAGCUCUGCUGCUGAACAUCGGCUCCACACAGCAGCAGCCCCACGUCCCAACCGCAGGAUCUGCUUCUGAGCAGGACGGCAAAACCGCAGACGAAGCUGCUGCCAGGGUGCAACAAAACAUCGCAGACUCAACACAACCUGGCGGCAACUCUGCCGCCGCAGACGACAAGAGAGACCUAGUGUCACCCAGAAGGAAAGAUCCAGAAUCCAGCGAGGAUUCAGGAAGAAAAGACGAAACUGUCAAAAACGUUUUUGCUGCUGCAAACCUGCAACUUACAGCAAAUUCAGCUGUUUCCAGUCUGAAAGGCAAAGUCAGCCCUGAACCGCAACCUGCAACACAAAUCGCACCACACCUCACAACACAACCUGCAGUGCAAUCUAAAUCCCCACUAGCAACACAACCUGCAACAAAGCUUGCAACACAACAUGUAGCACAACCUGCGGUGCAAUCCACAUCACUACUCGCAACACAACCUGCAGUGCAAUCCACAUCACUAAUCGCAACACAACCUGCAAACAAACUUACAACACAACAUGUAACACAACCUGCAGUGCAAUCCAAAUCACUACUUGCAACACAACCUCCAACCAAUCUUACAACACAACAUGUAACACAACCUGCAGUGCAAUCCACAUCACUACUCGCAACACAACCUGCAUCAAAACAUACAACACAACCUGUAUCGCAGCCUACAUCCCCACUUGCAACACAACCUACAGCAAAAACUGGUAAACAACAGAUGCAACCUGCAACAAAAUGUUUUACACAACCUGCAACCCAAACUGCAGCACAAGACACACCUAAAUUUACAACACAACCAACAGUGCAACCCAGCUCCCAACUUUCAACACAACUUCAAAAGCAACCUGCAUCACAAACUGCGGCACAACCCAUUGUGCAACCGAGAUCGCCACUGGCAGCACAACCUGCAACACAACUUCAAAAGCAACUGGCAGUGCAACCUUUCCCACAAACUGCAUCCCAGCUGGCAACCGCUGCGCCUGCAGCCGCUGCGCCUGCAGCCGCUGCGCCUGCAGCCGCUGCGCCUGCAGCCGCUGCGCCUGCAGAGGAGCGAACCGUCAAAUGCAGCUCGAUCCUCAAACAGCUCCAAGAACCUGCAGCCAUUAACAAGCAAACACAGGACGAAGCGGCUUUUCUGACGCCUGAAGAGUCCGUGCAGCUCAAAGGUCCUGCAGCAGAGUCCAAAGCCAAAGCCCCGCCCCCUAAAAGUCUAAAGGCUGCGGCUCCAUCAGCAGCCGUCAGACCUAAAGACCUCACGCCCAAGAUCCAGACCCAUCCGGACCCCAAACCUGCAGCUCAGGCUCAGCUGCCUCCAUGCGCCUCUCAGCCCGACCUGCAGAAACCUGCAGCAAAGAAGGAGUCCAGCCUCAAACCCGAGAGCCAGAAGGUCCCAGAAACCAGAACCGGCGCCCCGGACAGGCAGCCGGUCUCCACCCGGAAGGAGCCGGCAGACAGGAAGAAAAAGGAGGAAGUCCCGCCUCCGCAGAAGAACACUAAACGAGAUCCGAACCGGGCGUCUCCGUCUGCUGACAAAGACAGGUGUCGGCCGCAGAAGGAGUCUCCGCGCAGCAACAGGAAGUGACAUCACAUCCAGUUUAAAAAAAACAACCAUGAACAUGUCGCAGCAUCCCCGCGCUUUUUAUUCUUUUUUGUUUCAGGACCGGGCAAGCUGUUCCACGCCGAUGUCUGUGCUCUGAAUGUACCGUUUGUCUGGAAAUGUUUGGUUUCAGCCGAACCGGAAAACCGCCGCCGUAAGAAGAUUUGAGCUGCUCUCUUUAAGCGAAGGCGACCGGAGGUCUUCUCGCGCAGGAGAUCUGUGCUGCGCUGAGGAGACGGCGUUCCGUCUUCUCCAAAAAAAAGAAAAAGGAAAAAGAUUUCAUGUAAAUCCAAUAUGAGUGAAGGGGCCUUAGAUUCACGGGGAAUAAUUUGCUCACAUUCCUUUGACAUCUGUACAUAUUGAUUUUUAAGCAAUAUGGUGUAAAUAGAACCAUGUCCGACACGGGGCUGACUCGAUUGUCUUACACGUGAAGAUUUUGCCGUUAGUGCGCUCGUGGAAGAUGUGAGCCACGUUUUCUGGUGUUCUCAAAAAGAAGCUGGAAGGUCUUUCUGAAAAUGUAGCACGAGAUGAAGAAUGUUUGCAGGAGGCAAAAACGAAAAAACUAGGAAGUAUUGAAGUUUCACGAGGGUUCAUGAGUGUUUGCAUCUCAUGCAUCAAUCCAUCACCUGAACAGGAAAUCCACCGUACGAACCCCCCUGCUUGUGAUCGCGUCCCCCUGCAGUUCUUUCCACCUUUCUGGGUUUUAGAGGCCUUUCUUUUUUUUUUUAAAGCGACGUCCAGAGCCUGUAGUGUUAGCAGAAUGGAAAAAAAAAAAUCCACUCAAGUUGAUUCGCUGUGAUCUAAGAGGUCGUGACUGACUUCAGUCUGAACUGUGAGAACAGAAGCACCUUAUGGAAACGCGGAGCCGAAAGCCGUCUCUUCUUUAGUCCGGUGAUCAAAUCCUCGAAGCACAUCAGUGUUUGUUUACAAAGCAUCAUGGAUGUAUAUUUUGUAUAUCGUCGAGUUGCCAAAAUCUUCGUGAGAUGAUGUCGCUUCUAGCCGUGUUGCUCCUUUGGCCUCUGGGACGUUUCGUUUGUGCCGUAAUCGGUGUCUGCUCUCCGUUUUCUUCCUUCCUGUGUGCAAAAACUCAAAGUGUUUUGAUGAACAUGGUUUGUCUUUUAGAAAAUGUGCAAUAAAAGUGUUCUGAGUUUUUGUAUUUUCCAAGAAGGAAAGCUCUAUGGAUGUCAUAGAUGUUGUAUAUUAACAGAUAUUUAUACUUAUGUUGCGUAAAAUUGAAAAUAAAAUGAAAUUCUGAGAUUUUGUUUG